AUGGUAUCUAUAGAAAAGAAAGGAAGCAAAAUACAUGUGUUUCUUAUAAAUAAUCCUAAGGAGAAUGAUAAAAAAAAAGAAGAUGCAUUAAGUAAUACAAAAGAUAAUAAUAUAAGCAAAGAAAAUAAGGGUGAUAAAAAUGAAAAGAAUAUAAAUAAUAAUGAAGAAAUUGUAAAAGGUGAUGAGAAAGAUAGUAAUGAACAUAAGAGUAAUGAAAGGGUUGAAGAAAUCAUUACUCAUAAAAUAUAUCAUCCACAAGUAAAAAUUGUAAAGGUAAGUUGUGGAAAAAGAAUAAUUGGUUUUCUGUCAGCGUCAGGUAAAAUAUAUUGUUGGCACUUGAAUGAAUUAAAUGAUUUUGAUAAGAAUGUACCAUAUUUAUUAGUAGAUAAUAUAAUAAAACAUAAGUUUAUACACGAUGUUAGUUGUGGUGAAAACCAUAUAGCUUUCUUAUCUAAAGAAGGAGAAUUAUUUACAUAUGGUGAUAAUACCUAUGCCCAACUAGGAAUAUCAUAUAACAGCAAUAAUAAUAAUAACAACAAUAUUGAUCAUAAUAAUAACAACAAUAUUGAUAAUAAUAAUAACAACAAUAUUGAUAAUAAUAAUAACAACAAUAUUGAUAAUAAUAACAACAACAAUAUUGAUCAUAAUAAUAACAACAAUAUUGAUCAUAAUAAUAAUAACAUUUGUUGUAAUGAUGAUGGUAUACUUGAUCUAAAUACUUUUAACAAAUUAUAUAAUAAUAAUAAUAAUAAUAACAAAUUAAAAAAUUAUAAAAAAUAUAAAGUACACAAAGUGAAUACACAAAAUAAUAUUGUAAAAUGUGCAUAUGCUUCAGACAAAUUUACACUAUUUUUAACCAUUGAAGGUAUUUUAUAUGGUGUUGGUUUAAUAAAUGAACAUUUACUUAAAGGAGAUAUGAAUAAAGAUAAAAUUAAUAAAAUAUUAACAAAACCACAUGUUAUAAAUACAAAUAAUAUAUCUUUUAAAAAAAUUUCCAUAGGACAUAAUUUUAUUCUAGGUGUAGAUAUGCACAAUGAUGUAUAUUCCUGGGGGAAAAAUGAAAAAGGCGUGUUAGGACAUACUAAUAAUGCCAAUGAUUCUCAUUAUCCAAAAAAAAUAGAUAAUCUAUCUAAAGCCAACUUUAUUAGUGCAGGAAAAAUAUGCAUAUGUAUAACAUCAGACGAAGAUAUAUAUAUAUGGGGUGAUAAUUAUGGGAAUAAACCAAACUUAAUUAAAAAUAAAUUUGAUUCUAUGCAUAUUAAUAAUAAUUUUCUUAUUGGUAUAUCCCCACAAAAAAAUAUAUGGGUAAAAAAUAUUCAUAAUCUCUCACAUGGAUAUUAUAUAAAUAAUCUUAAAAUAAACUUGUGUUCGUCAUAUGAUAAUUUAAUAAUAGGAGUAGAAAAUUUGGAUAUCAACUCUAAGGAAAAUUAUAAUAAACAUCUCCAUGUUUCAACUAGCCAAACAAAAAAUGAAAUCAGUAAGAUACAAAAUAUUACCCAAAAUAAUAGUGAUUUACAUGCAGAUAUUUCUGAUAAAAAAAAUUCCAUCGAUAUUGUUAAUACGCAUAUUAGUAUGGUGUCUGAUGAGGUAAAGGGAAAUGAUCAGAACGAUUUGGAAAAACUUAAUAUGGAUGAAAUGAAAAUUGAAAAAAUCGACACCAAAGGAGAUGGUGAUAAAAUAAAAGAUGGUGAUAAAAUAAAAGAUGGUGAUAAAAUAAAAGAUGGUGAUGACAUAAAAGAUGGUGAUGACAUAAAAGAUGGUGAUGACAUAAAAGAUGGUGAUAAAAUAAAAUAUGGUGAUAACAUAAAUGAUGAUGAUAACACAAAUGAUGAUGAUAACAUAAAAGAUGGUGAUAAAAUAAAAUAUGGUGAUGGCAAAAACAAUGUUGUCGUCAACCUUUCUGAUAAGAAUAUCGAUUCAUCAGAUGUCAAAUCGGCAAAUGAUACUUAUUCUCAAAAAAGUGAGAAAAAUAUUCAUAAUAAAAAAAUUGAUGAUAUAUUUAAAGAAUCAAAUACACAAUUUCAUAAUGAAAAAGAAAUAUAUUCCUUUUUUACAAAUGAUGUGUAUGAAAAAAAUAGUUUUCUACAAAAUGAUAAUAAAAGCAAAAUAGAAAAAAAUAAGAAAGAAACAUAUUUAUUAGAAAAUAGUUUAAAAGAAAAUAAUCCAAAUAUUUCUAUGAAUAAUAAUGAAACAAAUAAUAAAUGUAAUGAUUACCAUACAUCUAAUUGUAAUAUAAAAGACAAUAAUAUAAAUACCUAUACAAAUGAUGAUAUAAAAUUCUCUUUAUUAAAUGUUGAAGAUGCAUCUGUAGAUUUUAAUAUAAAUAAUAGUAAAAAAGAAAAGGAUCCCAAAAAUAAUGAAGAGGUGGGGGUAAAUUUAGAUGUAAGAAAAAAUAUUUUGGAAAAUAACAUGAAAAAUGAUACUUUUAAUAAUAAAAAUAAUGUUACCAUAAAUGAUGAACAAAAUGAUAGUGAAGAAUAUAUAUAUAAUUCUAAACAAGAUGAUGUUAGUUGUGAUGAUUCAAGUGUGAAUAAAGAUAUAAGAAAAAAUAAUUAUGAAGGGAUACCCGUAGUUGAAGUACAAGAUGAUGAAUAUUAUGAGGAAAACGAACAAGAUAAUGAUGAUGAUGAUGAUGAUGAUGAAGAUGAUGGUGAAGAUGAUGAUGAUGAUGAAGAUGAUGAUGAUGAAGAUGAUGAUCAUCAUCAUGAUGAUAACAACGAUGAUAAUAAAUACCAUAUUGUUAAUUAUGAUGAUGAUACAAAUAACGAAUAUGAAGAUGAAGAAAGUUUUUUAUCUACAAAUUUUUAUGGAGAAAAAAACAAUUCAGAUAAUAUAAAUCAUAAAAAUAUUAUUAUAAUUAAUAAAAAAGUAUCCGACAAAGAUAAUAUUGUUUUAAAAUCAUCUUUAAAAAAAUCUUCAAGUAGUGAUGGUAUAAAAAAAAGUGUGUCCUUUUCUAAGUAUGUAUAUGAUUUAGCUAAGAAUAAUUACGAACCUAUGAAUUUUAAAUCUUUUGAUGAUAUUACUAUGUCCGAAAUGGAUCAAGACGAUAACAUAAAUGUUACAAUACCUGAACAUACAUUUAGUCAAUCAACAAAUAAAAAAAUAUAUGAAAAGGACAUGAAUAAUGAUACUAGUGAUAACACUUUAGAUACCAUAAAUAAUUAUGAAUCAACAUUUGAAAUGAAGGACAAUUUAAAGGAAAAAAAAGAUAAUCAAGGUAAGGAUUUAUUAAAUAGUCACAAGCAAAAUGAAAAAGAAGUUAUUCAAAUAAAUCAUCUCAUAACAAAUAUGAAUAAAAAUAACACUCUAAAGGAAGAACUAAAAAAUAAUAAUAAUCAUUAUGAGUAUGUAAAAAAGAAUAUAAAUGAAGAUAUAUGUAAAAAUGAUGUGAAUAAUUUAGGAACGGAUAGUACAAAAAAUAAUUUUGGUGUAACACCCAGUUUGGAUAGUACAAAAAAUAAUUUUGGUGUAACACCCAGUUUGGAUAGUACAAAAAAUAAUUUUGGUGUAACACCCAGUUUGGAUAGUACAAAAAAUAAUUUUGGUGUAACACCCAGUUUGGAUAGUACAAAAAAUAAUUUUGGUGUAACACACAAUUUGGAUAGUACAAAAAAUAAUUUUGGUGUAACACCCAAUUUGGAUAGUACAAAAAAUAAUUUUGGUGUAACACACAAUUUGGAUAGUACAAAAAAUAAUUUUGGUGUAACACCCAGUUUGGAUAGUACAAAAAAUAAUUUUGGUGUAACACCCAGUUUGGAUAGUAUUAUAAAAUUUUCUGAUGAAGAAAAAGAACAAAUAUAUAACAAAACUUUGAACAAUACCUUUUACAAUACAAAGGAGUCAAAUAAAUUUAUUGAGGAGGAAAAAAAAAAGGUUAAUAUUUCUUUAGAUCCAAACAAGGAUAAUAAAGAUAACAAUAAUAUAAAUAAUAACUAUGAAGAAAUUCAUAAGGAUGGAUAUAUUCUUCGUAAUUAUCGUACAAAUGAAAAUAUGGAAGAACAAAAAAAAAACAAUUCGUUUUUUCUUAUAAAUCAAAAUAUAAAUAUAAAUAGUAAUAUAAAUAAAAAGCACAUGGACGAAUUGGGUUUGAUUCAUAAUAAUAAUAAUAAUAAAUAUGUAAAUGAUGAAUCGAAAUAUACAUUUAUUAAUAUUGAAGAAGGAAAACAAGAUAAUGAAAAGGAGAAUCAUAUAAAUGAACCAAAUGUUAAGAAUAAUUUUAUACAUAUUGAAAAUGUAAAAAAUAAAAAAAAAUAUAUAUACACAGAAAGUUUUAUGAAAAAUAAUAAUAAUAAUAAUAUAUAUGAUAAUAAUAAUAGUAAUAAUUAUAUAUAUGAUAAUUAUACUAAUGUGAUGAAAAAUAAAAUCAAGACGUGUUGUACAAAAUAUACAUAUAAGAAUGUUUUAAAAAAUAGACAUAAAAUAUAUAAUACAAAUUAUGAUUAUGUUAAUAUUAGAAGAGGAAAAAAUAUAAAAUUUGUCUUAACAAAUUGUAAUUAUAAGACUAAUGUUUUAAAAGUUAAACAUAGUAUGAAAAAAACAAAGAAAAAUGUGAUAAUACAAAAUAAAAUGUAUGACUUGUUAAAAAAAUUAAAAAAUAAAGAUCAUAAUAUAAAAUUAUUAUACAAUCAUUUAUAUUUAAUAAAACAAAGGGAAGCACAUAUUUUAAGAGUAAGGAAUUAUAAAGUAGGAUAUCUAAAUAAAGGGAAUCAUAUUUCUCGUAAACAACAAAAUAAUAAUAUUAUUAAAAAGAAAAGAAGUAUAUCUUCUUUUUCUUUAAAUCAACAAGAUAAUUCAAAUGAUAAUUCGGAUGUUAAUUCAUUUAAUAUUAUAAAAAAUAUUCAUUAUAUAAAUGAUGAUAUAGAAAAAAAUAAAUCGAAUGAAUAUUAUAAAAAUGUAGAUAAUGAUGAUGAUAAUAAUAGUAAUAUGUUGAAGAAAGAAAAGAAAAAAAAUACAAAAGACAAAAAUACAAAAGACAAAAAUACAAAAGACAAAAAUACAAAAGACAAAAAUACAAAAGACAAAAAUACAAAAGACAAAAAUACAAAAGACAAAAAUACAAAAGACAAAAAUACAAAUAUAACUAAAAAGAAUAAUUCUUACAUGGUUUCAGAUAAUUAUAUAUUAUAUAAUGAUAAUAAAAAAAGUGAUAGUAAUAUAGCACAAAAAGAAAAAAUUAUAAUAAAAAAAAAAAAAAAAAAAAAUAUACAAAAUGAUAAAAAUAAAAACAAUGAAAACAAUUUGUUAUUAUAUGAAAAAUAUAUUAUUAAUAAUAUAAGUAAACCGUUAGACUUGGAUCAAAAAAAAUGGACAUCUAGCAUUAUUAAAUCCAAAAAAAAAGAUGAAAAUGUUACAAGGAAAUAUAAUGAUGAUAAUAAUAUUGUUAAUAAAAGGAGUACAUCACUUGAUAACAAAAAAAAAAAUAAAGUAGUAGAUAUGAAAUAUAAGGAUCAUCUAAAUUUAUUAAAAUCACAAGUUAAUAAAGGAAAAAAUAAAAUAGAUGAACAAAAUGAUCAAAUUAUUUCAGAUAAUUUGUCUUCAUCACCAAAAACAAAAAAAAAAAAUAUUGUAGCAUCAAAAAAAAUUAAAACUACAAAAAAUGGAAUAAAAUCAAAUAAAAGAAGUAGUUCUGUUAUAUUAGCGAAUGAAUUAAUUGAAAAAAGAAAUAUUAAAAAUUUGUCGGAUGAUACAUCAAAAAAAUUAUUAUUUAUGUCUUACUUAAAUGUUAAUACACAAAAUAAAAAUUAUUCUUCUAUUAAUUAUGAUGAUAAUAAUAAUUAUGAUGAUAAUAAUAAUUAUGAUGAUAACAAUAAUUAUGAUGAUGAUGAUAACAAUAAUUAUGAUGAUAACAAUAAUUAUGAUGAUGAUGAUAACAAUAAUAAUAAUAGUUGUAGUAGUAUUAGAAGGAAUGAAAAAAAAAGGAUACCCUUAAAAAUUAAGAGAAACGCAUCAGCAACAUUUAUCCAUAGUGUCAAUAAUUAUAAAAAAAAUGACGAAACAUAUAACACCUUCUCAAGAAUUAAAAAUUGUAAUUACUAUUCCGAUACAGAUAAAAGAAAAACACCUGCACAUUAUGUAGAAAAUAUCAGCAUGUCAUCUUACCCUUUUGUUGAAAAUCAGAUAAAUAAUAAAAUGGAAUAUGAAAAAUAUAGUAAGGAUAAUAUAACUAAAAAUCAAAUCACAAGUGAACAAGAUAAAAUGAAUUCCUUAUAUUUUGAUGAGGUGAAAAAGAUAAAAAAGGAUGAUUCCACAUUUUCUCUAUAUAACAAUGUUAAUUAUGGUAAGAGCAUAGUUCAUGAUGAUAAUAACAUGGACCAUAUUAAUGGUAAUGAUUAUAAUAUGAAGAAGAAUAAAAUAAGCAAACAAACAAAUGUAUAUUCAUUAAUUAAACAAAAGAAAACAGAAAAGAAUAUAGGAACUACAUCGAAUAGAAAUGUUACCAAGAAGAUUAAAGAAAAGAUUCAAAAGAAAAAAAAUGAAACUGAUGAUGAACAUAUGAAUAUUGUGAAUCCACAAAGGAAUCAACACGAGACCGACAUUCUUCUAUUUGAUGAUGAAAGUAAAAAGAUAAAAAAGAAUAAGAAAGAAAAUGAUAGUAGUACUAAUAAGGAAACUAAAAAGAAGUUAUUAAAAAAAUUAUGGACAAAAAUAGAAGACAUGAAAAAUAAUAUGAUGGAAGAAAAAAGAAAAAAAAAAAAAAAUAACGUAAAUGAUGAUAGUAGUAGUAAUAAUAAUAAUAAUAAUAAUAAUUACAAUAGUAAUAAUUAUUUUAAUAUUAAUGAACAUAGAGACAACUAUGAUAAUAUUGUUAUAAAUAAAAGUAAUAAUCCUCCUAAUUAUAACAAAUUUAAUAAUAAUUUAAUAGAUGAUACACAAAUUGAAGUCGAAAAUACAUGUGAUAAAAAGUAUAAGAUAUUAUUAUCUAAUGUGAAAGAUAAAUUAUAUAAGAAUAAAAUAAAAGAAGAAAAAAAAGAUAAGAAAUAUAUAAGAAAAAUAUACAAAGAUAUGAAACAUAUUUAUAACGAAUAUAAUAAUAUGAAGAAAGAAAAAGAACAUGCAAAAAAAAGUAUUGAAUAUCUGAAAUUUUUAUUAGAAAAUACUGUAAUAAAAAGUAAUGAAAUGCUUCGAAUUAAUAAAAAUUCUUUUGAACAUUAUAUAGAAAAAAUUCAAAAAGAAAAUAAUAUUUUAAAAAAUGAAUUAGAUGAAGAAUCCUACCAACAUCAUUAUGAUUUACAACAACUAGUUUGUAAAAUAAAGGAAUUAGAGAAAUCUAAAGAAGAAGCUAUAAACCAAAAUGAAGAAUAUAAUAAAAAGAUAAUGGAUUUAUGUUCCGAAUGUGAUACUUUAAAAAAGAAAGAAAUAGAAUUAAACAAAAAUAUAGAUGAUCAGAAAAUACAUAUAGAAAAAGAAAAGAAAAAAAAAAAAUAUAUUUUAAAAAAAAUCGAAAAUGCUUUAAAAAUAUGGGAAAAUGAUUACAAUAUGUUAAAAGAUAAAUAUAAUAAUUUAAUAUCAUCAAACGAACAAGUUAUAAAUAAUAAUGAGAUAUUAAAAAAUGAAAUAAAUAAAUUAAAAGAUCAAGUGUGUAAUAAAGAAAAUAUUAUUCAUAAUAAGAUGGAUGAAAUUAAUCAAAUAAAUCAAAAAUAUAUAUUAUUAACAAAAGAAUGUAAUCUAAAAAAUGAAUAUGUACCUAAUGAAUCGGAUACGGUAUAUAAAAAAUAUAAAAAUAUGGAAGAAUAUUAUAAAAAAAAUAUAGACAAUUUACAAAAUGAGUUAUUAUCUAAACAAAACCAAUUAAGAUAUAAAGAUGAACGAAUUUUAUUUUUACAAGAUGAACAAAAAACUUAUUUAAAAAAAUAUUUUAAUAUAUCUAAAGGAUUAAAUAAUAUUAUGGAUAAAUUAAAAGAAAGUUAUAAUAUUAAUGUGAAAAAUGAAGAAUAUAUGGAAAUAAUUCUUACCAAUUUUAUUAAUACUAUUAUAAACAAUUUAGAAGAUAUUAAAGAAUUUAAAACAAAUGAAAAAUUAAAAGAUAAAAUUAUUCAUAUAUUUGAUAAUUCAUUAAAGAAUAAUAAAUUAUUACCUGUUCAUAAUUAUAACAAUAUAUCUGAUCAGAAUAGUUUUCUUAAAUCAAGGAAUGGACUACCUUUAUCUGAGCAUAGUAGUAAUGAGAAUAAUAUUACAAACAAGAUGAACACAAAUAAAAACAACAAUAAAAAUAGAAAUAAUAAUGCUAAUAAUAAUUAUAAUAAUCAAGACAAUACUUUAAAUUGUACAACAAAUAAUGUACUCAACUCUUCUAAUAAUUCAAAGAAUCAACAUCUCCAAAAAAUGGUCAUAGAAGAAAUGGAUGAUAUAUUAAAUUUGUUAGAAGAAAUUAAAGAAAACCAAUUAUCUCACAACGAUUUAUUAUCCGUAAAAAAUAAAACAGUCCAAGUAACAAAUGAGCUUGUAGAUAUUAAUAAGAACGAAAAUAAUUAUAAUAACGGUGAAGAAUUUAAUAGUAAUAACAUAUAUGAUGAUCAUCAUUGUUCUAUAGAUUCUAAUGAAAACAGUGAUUAUCUCAAAAAUGUAUAUGAUCAAGACGUGCAAAAUGUACCAUGUGACAUGAAUAUGAAAUGUGAAAAAAGGAAAUAUAAAAAUAUUAAUAGUAAUGUGCACCAUAAUUUAAGAAAAGGGAAAAAUAAAAUGAAUCAAUCGGAAAUUAAUAAUUCUGUAUCUAAUAUGGGUAAUGAUACAAUAAAACGUGAGGAUCAACAUGGUAAACACAGUCAACAUGGUAAACAUGAUCAACAUGGUAAACAUGAUCAACAUGGUAAACAUGAUCAACAUGGUAAACAUGAUCAACAUGGUAAACAUGAUCAACAUGGUAAACAUGAUCAACAUGGUAAACAUGAUCAACAUGGUAAACAUGAUCAACAUGGUAAACAUGAUCAACAUGGUAAACAUGAUCAACAUGGUAAACAUGAUCAACAUGGUAAACAUGAUCAACAUGGUAAACAUAACCAACAUGAUCAACAUGACCAACAUGAUCAACAUGGUAAACAUAACCAACAUGAUCAGCAUGACCAACAUGACCAACACGAUGAGCUACUAAACAUGGAUGAACAACAAACAGAUGGUCAUAUGAUAUUCCCAAAUGUAAGAAAAAAACAUAAAAAUGAAGGAACCAAUAAAAAAGGCAAUCGAAAGUAUAUAAAUGCUUCCAAUCUAGAACAUGUUAAUAGUAAUGGUAUUAAUAAAAAACACGAUGAACAAUAUUUAGGAACACAAAUAAGGGAAUUAAGUUCUUAUGAUAUCAAAAAUAAUAUGAGUAAUAAUGAGAAAGUAAAUCUCAAAGGACCCUUACCAAACCAAAUGAGCAGUUAUAUAAAAAAAAAUAAAGAAAAGCAAUUAAAAGAAAAAGAAACAGAAGAAAGAAGGAACCUCGAUCAAGAAAGGAAUCGAGAUGAUAUCUGCCUAAGUGAUCAUAUAGAUUAUUGUAACAAUAAAGAUUAUUCUAAUAACCACAAUUUUUUUGACGACCAAAAUAUAUGUGAUGACCAAAAUAUAUGUGACGACCAAAAUAUAUGUGACGACCAAAAUAUAUGUGAUGACCAAAAUAUAUGUGACGACCAAAAUAUAUGUGACGACCAAAAUAUAUGUGACGACCAAAAUAUAUGUGACGACCAAAGUUUUUGUGAUGACCAAAAUAUAUGUGAUGACCAAAGUUUUUGUGAUGACCAAAGUUUUUGUGAUGACCAAAGUUUUUGUGAUGACCAAAGUUUUUGUGAUAACCAAAGUUUUUGUGAUAACCAAAGUUUUUGUGAUGACCAAUCUUUCUUUGAGCCUCAGAUGAACCAUAAAAAAACCCAAUUAAAAGAAAUUACCAACAACCAUUUGUCGUCAAAUGACAAAAAUGAAAAGACGGAAAAAAAAAAUUUGAAGAACCAUAUAAAUUAUACAACAAAAAAAACUGUUUCUAAGAAUAUAACAAAUGAACAGGAGUUAUAUAAAAAUUGUAAAAGAAAAGAAAAGAAAAAAUUAUUCAAUGAUAUGUUAGAUAAAAUAUUUGAUACACCUAUGGAUAAUACAUCAAUGAAUAAAAAUAUGUCCAAUAUACAAAACUUAAUAGAAAAUAAUAUAAAAAAUAUUUAUGGUACAGAAGAUUAUUAA